GGCUAUUGCAGAAUGACCUUGCAUUAAGCCUUUGUGGAAGAAGCAGGAUUUAAACAUCAAUUCUUCAAUGUGCAUCCUUCUAUUCAAAUUUGACCCCCAACCAGUUUCAAAAAAUGCAUACAGGCUUAUUCUAGCAGCUAAUAGAGAUGAAUUUUACCACAGACCAUCCAAAUCGGCAGAGUUUUGGGGCAGCAGCAAUGAGAUCCUUAGUGGUCUGGAUAUGGAGGAAGGAAAAGAAGGUGGGACAUGGCUGGGAAUAAGUAAGAAAGGCAAGCUGGCAGCCCUGACAAACUAUUUGCAGCCAAAGACUGAUAAAAAUGCAAAAGGAAGAGGUGCUCUUGUGACAAACUUCUUGACUGGAGAUCUGGACAGCUACUCUUACUUGAAGACAGUCUCAAUAGAAGGGCAUCUUUACAAUGGAUUUAAUUUAUUAGCAGCUGACUUGAAUACCACCAAAGGAGAUGUAAUUUGCUACUAUGGAAACAAAGGAGAACCAGAACCUGUUUUCCUAAAUGCUGGAAUAUAUGGAUUGAGUAAUUCUCUGUUGGAUACACCAUGGAAGAAACUUGAAUAUGGGAAGCAGCUUUUCACAGAUGUGGUCAAGAGAAGUCAAGACCUUACCAAAGAAGAAUUGGUGCAGGAGCUUCUCACAGUGAUGAAUAAUCAACAGUCUCAAUUACCAGACCCUGCAAUUGAAGAGCAAGGGAAGGAUUACAUACGUCCUGUACUGAAUGAGUAUGCAGCUAUUUGUGUUCGUUGCCCAGGUUAUGGAACAAGGACUAACACAGUCCUUCUCAUUGAUUCUGAAGGAUGGGUUACUUUCACAGAGUGCAACAUGAUCAAUGUAGAAGACAACCAGUGGAAAACAAGCACCUAUGAAUUCAAACUGUACACUUAACUUUCCAUUUCAAUGGUCUGUAAUGACAGCAAUGAGAGAACAAGCCAUUAAGCACUAGUAAGUGUUUUAUGCUGGCCUCCAGAAGCUAAAAAUAGCAAGGAAAUGAAAGGUUUAAAUAAAUUGGUAGCAUACCCUAUCAAGGCGCACAAAUCCUUUGGAUAAAACCUAAAGAAACUGUUUUGACAUUAAGCAGCAA